GUCGCGAAGAUGCGUUCGAUUCUGGCCAUCACCGUGCUGUGCCUGUGGGCAGGCGCGGCCACCGGUCACUACAUGACCAAGGAGGUCAAGUAUGCCGACAAACCGUUCCUCACGAAGCAGAAAGCCAUCCUGGAGAUCUUCCAGCAUGUGCACCAGGCGGAAUUGCACACUCACCUGUGGGACGAACAGAAAUCGUUCGAUCUGGCCGCGUACAAGGAACACUUCACCAAGCCGGCGGUUGUUGAUGAGUUCCUGCACCUGUACCACCACGGAAUGGUCCCGAUGGAGGAGAUCUUUGCCGUGUACAACGAGUACCACCGGGAGCAAGCGGUCGCGCUGUUCCAUCUGUUCUACUACGCCAAGGAUUGGGACACGUUCUACAAGACGAUGGUAUGGGCCCGGUUCCACGUCAACGAGGGUAUGUUCGUGUACGCCGUCACCGUGGCCGUGCUUCAUCGGCCCGAUAUGCAGGGCAUUGUGUUGCCGGCACCGUACGAGAUCUAUCCGUACUACUUCUUCAACGAUGUCGUCAUCAGCAAAGCGCAGCACUACAAGAUGCAGGGUUUCCAUGGUAUGAAGAAGGCUGCGGAUGGUGUGUACAGUGCGUACAUUCCUAGCAACUACACCGGUUACUACGUUCACACGAAUGCGGAGCAGCGCGUCAGCUACUUCAUGGAGGAUAUUGGUCUCAACUCGUACUACUACUACUUCCACGCUGAUUAUCCGACCUGGAUGGGAGGAAAGGAGUUCGGACUGAUGAAGGAUCGCCGUGGUGAGUUCUAUCUCUACCAGCACCAGCAGUUCCUGGCCCGUUACUACCUUGAGCGUUUGUCGAACGAUCUUGGAACGAUUCCCACCUUCUCGUGGUACAAACCGAUCGUUACCGGGUACUAUCCGUACCUGCGGUACUACAACGGUGUCCCGUUCCCGACUCGUGAGAACUACCACAAUGGUUACAUGAUGGAGAAGCAGAGUGUGGUGCAGGAGAUUACGGAUUACGAGCGGCGCAUCAUGGAAGCGAUCGAUUAUGGAUUCAUCGUGUUGCCCGAUGGUACGUUCGUGAACAUUACCAUCCCGAGCGGUAUCGAGUAUCUGGGCAAUUUGAUUCAAUCGAAUGCGGACAGCGUCAAUCAGCGAUUCUACGGUUAUCUGGAGAAGGUGGCCAAGUUCUUCCUCGGUGGUUCGUUCGAGAUGUACAACGAAUUCCGCGCGAUCCCGAGCGUACUGGAGCGGUACGAGACGGCGAUGCGUGAUCCGAUGUUCUAUCAGUUCUUCAAGCGUAUCGUUGGGUUCUACUACCGUUACCUCGAUACGAUGCCCAGCUACAAGUACGAGGAGGUGAACUUCCCGGGCGUGAAGGUGGAGAAGGUCGAGAUGGAUAAGCUGGUGACGUACUUUGAUAACUUCGAUGCCGACAUCACGAACGCGGUCGAUGUGGAGGUGUUUGAUGAGACGACGAUGAAGGCGAGUGAGAUGAAGAAGUUUGGCAAGAUGGCACACUACCAGGGUGAAGACUUUGUCCUGUAUGCCCGUAUGCCACGGCUCAACCAUUUGCCGUUCUCGUUCAAGCUGUCGGUUGCUUCGGAUAAGCCGCAGAAGGCGGUGGUCGUUGUGUUCAUUGGACCGAAGUACGAUCAGUACGGUAAUGUGUACGGGGUGAAUGCGAACCGGGAGAACUUCUUCCAGCUCGAUCACUUCCUGGUUGAUCUGGUGGCGGGUGAGAAUGUGAUCGCGCGCAACUCGCAGGACUUUAGCUGGUUCGUGAAGGACCGGACGACGUACUUUGAUCUGUACAAACAGGUGAUGAAGGCGUUCAGCGGUGACUACAAGUUCCCGAUCGAUAUGUCCGAGGCGCACUGCGGUUUUCCGGCUCGUCUGAUGUUGCCCAAGGGCAAGAAGGGUGGUAUGCCGUUCCAGUUCUUCUUCAUGGUCACUCCGUACCACGCACCGGAGGUGGAGCGGUUCACCGGGUUCGACCACACCGUUUCGUGUGGUAUUGGUAGCGGUGCCCGGUACUUGGAUACUCUGCCGUUCGGUUAUCCGUUCAACCGUAAGAUCGAUGAGGCUGCCUGGUUUACGCCGAACAUGGUGUACUACGAUGCCAUGAUCUACCACAAGAGCGAGACGGAGGUGAACUCGGUCUUUGUUUGA